GGUACGCGCUCUGGGGGAAGCCAAUGAGAAAAUCAGACCCGGCUCGAGGGGGCGGUGCCGUCGGUCACAUGCGCACCUGGGGCUGGCGGCCGCGGCGGCGCUGGCACCGGGAGCCAGCGGCAGGGAGCGGGGCCGGGCUGGGGCGGGGCUGGGCAGGUGAGUGACAGGCUCCAGGGGGCCGGCCCCAGCUGAGAGCCCGGAGCGAGUCGGGUGUAGCUGCGGCGGUUCCCGCCCCCUCUCUCCGCCCCUCCAGCGGAGCUUGUCUCCGGCCGGGCACCGUCGCGGGCCCCCCUGGCCCGGCCACCUGGGACUGUGCUGGGGAGUCGGUCACCUCCCUCUCUCCCUCGCCCGCAAAGUUUGUGGCGAAGCCGACGCUGGGGCACAGCGCGCCCCCAGGGGGAGAUCCGGGAGCGUCCGAUGCCCGGCGGCAGUAGCCGUUGACCAGGGACGCCGCCGUCCGGGGCAGGAGCGAGGAGCAGCGGACUAGCCCACCGCCUCUGGUGCAUGGGGCCCGGCUGAGGAGCCAGCAUGGGCAACUGCGUGGGGAGACAGCGCCGGGAGAGGCCGGCCGCCCCGGGACACCCCCGCAAGCGAGCAGACUAUUUUCAGCACAGCAGUGAGAGUGAUGCUGUAAACCGACGCAAUGAGCCCCUGAAGAAGGAGAGGCUGAAGUGGAAGAGCGACUACCCCAUGACCGACGGGCAAUUGCGGAGCAAACGGGAUGAGUUCUGGGACACAGCACCUGCGUUUGAGGGCCGCAAAGAGAUCUGGGACGCCCUCAAGGCUGCUGCCUACGCAGCUGAGGCCAAUGACCACGAGCUGGCUCAGGCCAUCCUGGACGGAGCCAGCAUCACCCUGCCUCAUGGCACCCUGUGUGAAUGCUACGAUGAACUGGGUAAUCGCUACCAGCUGCCCAUCUACUGCCUGUCGCCACCCGUGAACCUGCUGCUGGAGCACACUGAGGAGGAGAGCCUGGAGCCUCCUGAGCCCACACCCAGUGUGCGUCGAGAGUUCCCGCUAAAGGUGCGCCUCUCCACGGGCAAGGACGUGAGGCUCAGCGCCAGCCUGCCCGACACAGUAGGGCAGCUCAAGAGGCAGCUGCACACCCAGGAAGGCAUUGAGCCGUCCUGGCAGCGAUGGUUCUUCUCUGGGAAGCUGCUCACAGACCGUACGCGGCUCCAGGAAACCAAGAUCCAGAAAGAUUUUGUCAUCCAGGUCAUCAUCAACCAGCCCCCACCACCCCAGGACUGAUGAGUGCACAAACCCCUGGAAAGCGGGGCUGGGCAGGGCCUCUGUGGAGCUGAGAGACCUCCGGGCUGGAGUGCCAGGCCCCCCCCCACCUGCUGCUGCCUUCCAGUGCUGUUAUUUUCUUCAGGGCCGCCUCCCGCUGUAUGGCUGCUGGAUGUGCUGUGAAGGGACCCUGCCUCCCAGGAACACCAUGGGCCACCAGUGUCUGGCACCCAGGAAGCAGUGCUGCCACACAGGCCUUGCCAACCUUGUUAGAGGAAAGGCAAAAGGGCCCUCCACCCUGCCUCUCUCCCUUGGCAGGUUCGAGCCACGAGGGCUAGCCCGGAGGCCCCUGGAGCCCAGACUCGUCAUCUGGUGCUUCCAGGCGUGCUCGCUCCGGUUUUCUGCUCAGGGUCUGAAGCAGCUGCUGUCUCCCUCCCCUGCCCCCACCCCCUGACUCUGCCCUGGGCACAUUGCCAGUCUCCUGGAGAGGAGGGGACCGCUCAUGAGCCCUAGGGGCAGGGAGCCUGAGGCCGGCCUCUGCCUCUCCCUGCCCCCAGCACAAUUGGCAGAGAUGAGGUGGUGGCUGCUGUGGCAGGGGUCUGCACAGGGCCAUUUCUUGGCUGUAACCCAAGCGGUGGGGAAUCUGCAGCCAGUCAUGGCCCCACAGCAGGUCCCUGUGUACAGUCAUAUCUGCAUAUUUAUCAAUAAAGCCUUUUGCUCCUUC